CUAAAUCAGAAUACCCUCAAUUUUAAUUACCUCUCUCCUUCUCCUUCUACACUCUUCCCUCUUUAAUUACUCUCAUUCUGUUUCUACGGUAACUCCGCAGCAGCAAACAUAACGUAACGCAUUACAUUCAUUUCAUCAUUAAAUUAUUUAAUAUAAUAUCCCAUUUAAUUAAUUUAUUUUAUUUUCCAUAAAGAAACCGUCAUCACCUUUUACAACGAACCUCUCUUCAAUUUCAGAUCUGAAGCCAAAGUUAUCAUCUUUCGUUUCUUCACAAUUCAAAUGCUUCACUGGGUUCACAAAACCCCAUUACCAAUUACCAAUUUUUGAAAUUUGAAAAAUUCAAUUCAUCAAAGAAAAACAACAUGUCUGAAGCAGGCCAAGCCAUGGACAUGAGUUUUUCCAAACCAAAACCAUCUCCGGCCGCCGAUCACGGCCGUGGAACCAACCCGCCGAUGGAUCAUGUUCUAUUGGCUUUGCGUGAGACUAAAGAAGAGAGGGAACUUCGAAUUCGGAGUUUGUUUAAUUUCUUUGAUGCUGCAAACAAUGGUUACUUGGAUUAUGCUCACAUUGAAGCAGGGUUAUCUGCACUUCAGAUACCUCCUGAAUAUAAAUAUGCUAAGGAACUUUUCAAGGUUUGUGAUGCUGAUAGAGAUGGGAGAAUCGAUUAUCACGAUUUUCGACGUUAUAUGGAUGAUAAAGAACUUGAACUUUACCGUAUUUUUCAAGCUAUUGAUGUUGAACAUAAUGGUUGUAUUCUUCCUGAAGAACUUUGGGAUGCACUUGUCAAGGCUGGUAUUGAAAUUGAUGAGGCGGAACUUGCUCGCUUUGUUGAACAUGUUGAUAAGGAUAAUAAUGGAAUUAUCACUUUUGAAGAAUGGAGAGAUUUUCUUCUACUUUAUCCUCAUGAAGCAACCAUGGAAAACAUAUAUCAACAUUGGGAGAGGGUGUGUCUUGUAGACAUUGGAGAACAAGCUGUGAUUCCUGAAGGCAUCAGCAAGCAUGUGCACAGGAGUAGAUAUUUUAUCGCAGGUGGAAUAGCAGGAGCCGCAUCUCGCACAGCAACUGCUCCUCUUGAUCGUCUAAAGGUGAUCUUACAAAUCCAGACUGGACGGGCUUCGAUCAUGCCAGCAGUGAUGAAGAUAUGGCAACGGGAUGGUUUAUUAGGGUUUUUCCGAGGUAAUGGAUUAAAUGUUGUGAAGGUAGCGCCAGAGAGUGCCAUCAAGUUUUAUGCUUACGAAAUGCUGAAAAAUGUAAUUGGAGAUAGUCAAGGGAACAAGUCAGAUAUUGGUACUGCCGGAAGACUUUUUGCAGGUGGCAUGGCUGGUGCCAUUGCACAGAUUGCUAUCUAUCCAUUGGAUCUUAUUAAAACUAGGUUACAGACUUGUGUUUCUGAAGAUGGAAAGGGUCCUAAGCUGGGAAAACUUACAAAGGAUAUAUGGGUCCAAGAGGGACCCCGGGCUUUCUAUAGAGGGCUUGUUCCAUCUCUUCUUGGAAUGAUUCCUUAUGCAGGCAUUGAUCUCACUGCUUAUGACACCUUGAAAGAUGUAUCCAAGAAAUAUAUUAUUCAUGACAGUGAACCUGGUCCUCUAAUACAACUCGGAUGUGGGACGGUUUCGGGAGCUCUUGGAGCUACUUGUGUCUACCCACUUCAGGUUAUUCGUACAAGGCUGCAGGCACAACCUACCAACACUUCUAGUGCUUACAGGGGAAUGUCUGAUGUUUUUUGGAAAACUCUUAAGGACGAAGGCUUUCGAGGGUUCUACAAGGGACUCAUUCCAAAUCUCCUCAAAGUUGUGCCAGCUGCAAGCAUUACUUAUAUGGUUUAUGAGAAUAUGAAGAAAAGUUUAGAUCUUGAUUAGAGUUGUUAGUCACAGUUAUUGCGCUGACAACCGAGCUAAUUUCAAAUGUUAUAUAGGAUCUCUUGAAUUGUUGAUGGUGGCGAAAAAAAGAAGUUAGAUUAACUAAUCCUGUUGGCACUAUUACAAGUAGUGAUUCUUCAAGGAAGAUGUUAAAACAUGAUUUGUAGUCAGAAAGUUUUUCCCCAUGCUUAUCUGAACUAAAUGGUUGAGAAAUUAGGACUAUAAUUUCUAUAUAUAUACCAAGGUUAAGGUGUUAUUCAUUUUGAUAUACUUGUGUUCGCUAUUGUUAAUUUCUUAUAGUAAAAAGUGAAUAUACCGAUAAAUACAGAUUGGUGCAUGGCUCUGUAAUGGUGGAUAAAAUUGUUGGAUGACAUUCUAAUGAGGCUUAUGAAACAACAAUAAGUUGAGUCAUUUUUUGCCCAACAAUGCAAAUCCUUACAAGUUGAACUGAAGUUUCAGUUUUGAACAUUUUCUGUUGAAUGUACUGUUUAACUCUUGAUGCA